ACGUAGAUGACCUACCUGCCGCCGUUCCGGGUUAAACCAUUCGGCACAUGUACGAGGGGAGGGCAGUGAUAGGUUGAACCAUUCUGGAGGAGGGGGAAGAGAAGAAACGGGCCGUCGGCAUUCGCAGCGUGGGAAAACAAGAUCGGACCACCGUUCUCAAGCGCCUCUCAUUAUGAUUCUGGAAAAAAGCCAAGCAUUUUAAUUCCUCUUAGAAAUUCCUAACCAGGAUCUAUUCCCAAAGCCUCGUUGCACGACAAAAUGACUGCUCUAAGCAGGAGCUUAAGCAUCCUGCAGGUAGAACCUCUGUCCAGAUGCCUCCUGAGGGCUUGUGGGCUUCAUACAACAACCAACCAGCUGAAUUCGAAUCGGACAUCCAUCGCUUGCUUUCCAAGAGCAAAGUACGCCCGGCUGUAUCCGGUCCUCCUGAUUAGGCAGGACGGAUCAACUAUUCACCUCCGGUACAAAGAGCCGAGGCGUAUCCUUCAGAUACCCGUGGACCUCAACACCCUCCCCGAGGCUGAAAGGAGAAGUCGGUUAAGGAGGAAGACCUUGAUGAAAACGAAGAAAGAAGAAGUAAAAGUUACAACUUUUGAAGAUGAUUUUCAAUUGGAAUAUUACAAGAAAUUUUGGAAUAAAAAGUGAGAUUUGGGGAGGGGGGGUGUCAGUAAGACAAACAAAAUUCUGUCUCAGCAAGUAUCUAGAAUGUUAUAGAACAGGGGUCUUGAAACUUGGCCCUUUUAUGAGAGUGGAUUUCAGUUCCCAGAAUUCCUCAGCCAGCAUGCCAGGCUGAGGAAUUCUGGGAGUUGAAGUCCACAAGUCAUAAAAGGGGCAUAUUUGAAGACCCCUGGUUAUAGAAUGUGCGAGGAUUCACCCACAAAUAAAGAGAUUUCUUUGUAA